UGUUGUCUCAGUCAUGUGAUCUGUUUAUCUAUCCAUUUCGGGCGCACCCACCCGCACCCGCACCGAUUUGAUAAGUCUUAGCCUGCGUAGCUGGCGUUGUUUUCUCGGUGCGCGAUUUAAGUUUUGGUGGCAGAGCCGUGAUCCAGAAUAUAGAGUGGGGACGGGGCGUUCUCGCGGCUUUCGACGCCAAAUCUCACUCGACUACUACACAAUAUCGCCAUCUACGCAGGCUAGAUAAGUCUGUCCCAUUCCCGUCUGUUGGCCAUGACAGAUGGAAGAUUCUGCUUCUUAAGACUGAUGUCACUUUGUAGAAACGGUAAAGGUGAAGAGUCCUUAUUGUACGUCGGUAGCUCGAAAUAGUCAUCUGACUAACAAACCUGAGGCUGAUGGUGCGCUGUUUAGCGUUGUAACACAUUGUUCCCUUCUUCUCGGAGUUAACAAAUCAGCUUUGCCUCGCCUUUUCCUUUACCAAGUUGCUUUCUAAACCCACCACAAUCUUUAAAAAAAACUGAGACAACCCGGAAAGCUUCAUUUUACUUUUUUCGCCGAGAAAGUUAGUAGGUUUAUUUCUACUAAAGGAGGUUAAGUCCUCUCCCGAUUGCAUAAUGAUAAAACUUCUAACAUAAGAUAACUUGUUCCCGCCACUACGACAUUCUCGCUAAAACCCGUUGUAGAAAUUGUUGUCCGCCAUAAAUGUAAACAAGACGGCCACUGACGUUUUCCCGCCAAAAAAUUUGAGUGCAUUUAGAACACUUUCACGUCCAAGACGCGGCUUGGAUAAGUUUUCCCCCCUCGCCAAAUAAGCCGACGGCUGGCCCAUUUAUACGGGGCGCGCGGCACUAUAAACGGCCCUAUAGCGUUAAGAAAAUCUUGUUCUCGUAGUAGUCCUCAUCUUCAAAUUUAAAGCUCUCUAUUAUUUCACACAAUACACUUAUUUACAUUUCUAAAUGUGCAUUUAUAGUAAACAAGAACAUUUUUGUGUCAGAAAAAAAAUUCAUUCCACUUCUAGAAAUAUUUUUGAUUUUUGUUCUCUUUAUCAUUCCCAAAUCAUGCAAAAAUCUCCUUGUAUCUUCUGUUUUUAGUUUCCCUCACUGGACGGAAGAGCUCUUAAAAUGAGCGGCAUUGGAAAAGCAGUCAUGUAUUUGUGUCGACACCCAAAAGAGACCAGACAGAACAAGAAAUUGGCUGGAAAACUUAUCAGUAAGUAUGGUAUACCUGUACCGAAUUUUGUGUGAACAGGGCAGUCAACAGAUCAUAAGCAGUGAAACAAUUAUAAGCUAAAGUUAUAAAUUGUUCACCUCAAUCCCUUUAAUUCGUUGAUCUAGAAUGCGAUCAGAUUGCAAAUUCUUCGUCAACCGAGGGUGAAAACGUGGGCGUUAGGUCUGGGGAUCACUUAUCAACCGAGGGUGAAGACUUUUUGAUACGACCGCACCGACCGUAGUUUAGAGACACGAGCAACGGUUAGCGACGCAAAAGCUCGAGUUGCUACGUUUCCGACCCCUUGCGUUUUACGAACAGCAGUUAGUUGUUGAGAGCAGAAACAUGCUCCGUAAUAGUGGCUGAACUGAGAUCUGUUAUGUUUCGUAGUGGUAACAUUUCAACAAUAAUGUUACAGCGAUUGUUUUGUUGCAGAUGAAUGGGCUAGGCCAAUAUUUGGUGUUACAUCCAACUUCAAGUCGCUCAGUCGAGAGGAAAGAGAAGAGAGAGAUUAUCAAAACAUGUCCAAGAAAAGGCGCCUGAGGUACUGUUCACGUGAUGGUGACAGUCACGUGAUUAUGCUUAGCAAGAUGACGAUAGUUUUAUUAAUGAAAAUUCUUCCUUUUUGAAAGGGAAGAUAUUGUUAUUUUCAGGUCAAUUCUGUCCUCAAUACACAAAAUGCACCUGUAGAGUUAGGAAGAUGUCAGACAAAUUUCACCAGGGAGCACUAACCAUAAUACUUUUUUGGUGAUUUUCAGUUUGCAGUCAUAAUAGUAAAUCUUGUAAUAGCUGGCCCAGCAUUUUUAACUUGAAAAGUUUCCAAUCCGUGUCUAUCCUUGCCAUCCCAGCGUAGCAACAGAUCAGCGGCAGGAAACAGUUUCAAUGAUCAAAUAUAGCCUUAAAUAUCAAAACCGGACGAUCAUCUUUGGAAUUCAGUUGAUGCGAAGAAGCAAAUGGCGUUACAUUGGUCCCUUAAAAGUCUUUUGUUGAUUGUUUAGUUCUGUGGACAGCGAAGGAGGGAAGACACCAAAAUCCAUUGAUUCUGCACUGCAAAGCGAUAAAAAGUAAGUAUAGUUGAGUCCUUUUCAUUUUUACAACAGCUUUAUAAUUUGCUUCUCGAAUUUUUCAGCUUUGAACUUUGCUAACAGACAUGCUUUGCUCUCUUAUCAGAGCGGUUAGGCCUGGUGACAAGGGUUUUGUAAUGCGAGCCCGCGUUCCUAUGCCUUCAAACAAGGAUUACGUUGUGAGACCACAGAACAACAUUGAACGGACGGACUUCAGCAGAGUAAGUAGAAAUGACAAUUAUUUCAACCCUGUAACCAUGCAUUUGAGUCUAAAGGCAAAAAAAAAAAAACUCUGAUCACGUGUAAAAAAAUUACUAAAGCUUUUUUUGUUAAAAAAAUUUAUCGCCUCAGCCUUCGGUUCCGGCCCUACAUUUUCACACGCACCUCUGUGCUUUUGAAAGAGAGAGAGCUAGCGAAAGGGGUAAAGCUGUUUUGCGUGACACGGAGAUGGUUACAACUUGCGCUAUUUCGUGUACGUACUUAAAGUAAGUGUCGCUUUGAGGUGUGCUUUUACUACCCUUUUCUUCGUGGACGGACGUGAAAAUUUCUGAAUAGGCUCUCUGAUGGAAGGUUGAGCGAAGUCAAGAAGGCGUACGAAGUCGGGGGGCAAUAUUAGAGAGCUUGAGCAAGAACGUUCAUGAGCGACGCACGUCAACCGGAAGUGGAUUUGUAUUCUUGGGCAGCGAUGUGCUCACAUUUUCAGGCAAUUCGUCUCGAGUAAAGACACUUAACAAGACAAAUAUGGUGGCGUCAAGGUAUAUGAACAGGAAAGAGUCUUCACUUCCGGUUAACUUGCGUCAUCCAAAAACGUCUUUGCUUAAGCUCCCUAUUGACCAUUUUGAGGUUGUGCGUGGGACUGGGACGGUUUUAUGUCGAAGUGCAUUAUGGGAUUGUUUUAGAAACGCUAUUGUCUCUUAUUGGCUAGUGUAAAGUUGCGUAGGAAACAAGGUUAAAAUUUUUCAAUCAAAAAUAAUCCCGAAGUGCAAUUCGAAACAACAUAUGGCCAAUAGAGAGGAGAAGUGUGACGUCACGUUACCAUGGUAGCAAAAUUUCUGGAUGACAACAAUAUAUAGGGAGCUUAAGCAACGACGAUGGCGACGGCAACGAAAAUGGCAAAAAAGUAAUAGGUUUAGAUAAGCAAAACAUCAACUUUGCACGUGUAUCACGCUUUUUUGCACAUUUCUUAGCCGUCGUUGCACGACUGCGACAUGAAACUUCCUAAUUUAACGCGCCCGCUUUAUGGAGCAGGUGAAUACAACGUAAAAAAUUUAUUUUCCUUUUUGCAAAUUUAGACACCGUCCUUUCGGAUUCAACCCCAGAAAUUUCGUCAACAUUUGACAAGUUAAAUGAAAUUGAAUAAAAUCGAUUAUGUUUGAAACAGUGCGACUUCUUCUCUCUUCUCUCUGGCUGUAACAAAAAAUCGUACUGUGCGAUCACUCUGUUAAUCCCAGCCUCUCCCCCUUAGCAACACAUCGUCAAUUCUCAGAUCCUUCCUUUCUUGAUUUUAUUUUUCCGUUGCUUAUUCCAGAAACCACAGAAGUCCAUGAACAGAUAUGAAAAACAGAAGAGAAAGUUCGAUGAAAAGAAAAAGCUCCUCAACCAAGGAUCACAAAGAGCGGUUGGUAUCAGUAUCGAGGGACGAAAAAUGGCGCUCUGAUGUCUUUAACUUCGACCUUUUUGUACUGGGUACUGGGAAUGGCCUGUAAUUAAGCGGAUUCACAUCAAGGAGAGACUUGUCAAAUGAUUCUUCCCCCAUUUCGUGUAUAAAUACCAACAAAAAAUGACCGCCCCGAAGAGAUAUUCUAACGGACAAGAAAACUGUGAUGGUUCGUUCUUGUUGGUAUGCGUUUUACCAACGUUGUUGUGUCUUAAGAUUGCCGUUAGACGUAAACCAAUCUAAUGAAUGACAUUUUAUCGAUAACAAACCUAGAUAAUCCAAUAAACCAAGCAGAUUCAUAGAAAAGACAACCACUGCCAAGUGUGUGAAAACAAGUUGAUCGCACUGAGCUUUCAGGAGUCAUUUGAGAGCAUGGAAUCUAGGUAACAUUUUCUACGAAUAGGCGAACAUGGAAACUUUCAGCGUUUUAGAAACCACGAGACUUUUUUUUGUGGUAUUUUCAUCUUAGUUUACUGUUGUAAAUAAAGCCUAAAAAUAAAUCGUUAAGAAAUUAU